AUCUGAGAGUGAGUAGCCUCUUUAAAUUUUGUGUCCUAGGCACUACCCCAGCCUGAUUACUAAUCUGCAUUCAGCUUUGACUAGUUCCUCCCCAGUUUACCUCCACCACAGCCCAGCUCCCCUGGUGGCAGACCACCAAGUCUUUGCUAUGGCACUGUGGUUACUACUCAGCACCCUGGUCUGGAGCCCUGGGUCUGUCCUGCUCAUGCUGGUUCUCCUGCUUCGACUAAGUGUGUGGUUCUGGCAUGAGUAUCAUCUUUGGGACCUCCAGCAGUGCUCCACAGACCUAACUGGGAAGACAGCAGUGGUGACCGGUGCCAACAGUGGCAUAGGGAAGGCUGUAUCCCAGGAGCUGGCCCGCCGUGGGGCCCGUGUGAUCCUUGCCUGCCGGAACCAGGAGCGUGGACAGCAAGCCCUGUCUGAGAUCCAAGUAGUCUCAAAGGGUAACUGCCUCCUGCUCGGCCAGGUGGACUUGAGCUCAAUGGCCUCCAUCCGGAGCUUUGUCCGGUGGCUUCUGCAGGAGUCUCCUGAGAUACACCUGCUGGUUAACAAUGCUGCAAUCUGUGGAAUCCCCAAGACACUAACCCCAGAGGGCCUUGAUUUGACCUUUGCUACCAACUAUGUUGGGCCCUUCCUGCUUACAAAUCUACUCCAAGGGGCCCUACAACGGGCAGGGUCAGCCCGGGUAGUGAAUGUGUCUUCCUCUCGGCAUGCACAUGGCUAUGUUGAUGAGAAACAUCUGACAGGGGCUGGGAAGCCUUUGGCUUUUAACCAGAACUACAAUUGCAGCAAACUGCUCUUGACCUCCUUCACUGGGGAGCUUGCCCGGAGACUUCAAGGGACAGGUGUGACUGUGAACUCUGUGGACCCAGGUGUAGUAUACACAGAGAUCAUGAAGCAGUUCUCUUGGCCAUACCGAUUCUGCUUCUGGCUCUUCAGCUUCUUCUGUAAGAACGCCAAACAAGGGGCAAUCCCAGUCCUCUACCUGAGCUUGGCAAAGGAGCUGGAUGGUGUUUCUGGAAAACAUUUUAGCAGUUCCUGUAUGAUAACUCUUCCCACUAAAACUGCUCGGGAUCCUCAAGUGGCCCAAAGGCUCUGGAAUGCCACAGUCCAGCUAACAAACCUAGAGAAGAUGGACUGACCCUCUGCGACCCCUGCCCUAACUUGCCGUCCUCACAGGCUCCCAGCCCUCCUCUGAUCAUGCCUUUUGUUUAUUGGCUCCAAGUAUCAAUCAUCUUGUCUGGGUAACAAUCACUUCCUCUUCCUACUGGCUCAGGGCCAUGAAAGCUCAGAUUAGCCAGAGGAUCGUUUCAGCUUCUAAUUUCCUGCCAGUUCUCUGAUGGAAGUAUUCAUCCUGUGGCCCCUAGGAUCUGCAAACCUAUGGAGUCCCACUUGGUGUUGAGACGGAGUAACAAGCCAAGCAGCAAGAUCAGUUAAUGCAGGUGCUGGGAGCCCAUUGUUUUUCUCCCAGUGUCUUUGUUCUGCCAUAUACAUUUGGGAAUCAGCUCUUCAAAUCUCAGACACACACAAACCCUUCUGUGAUUCCAUUGUAUCUACUAUUUAAUUCUUUCCAAUAUCUUUACAAAAUUUUAAAUUUUAUCCUUAAAGAUCUUACACUGGUUUUAUUACAUUUAAUUCAGGUACUACAUUUUGAUGCUAUUGUGAAUGAUGCUUUCACCUUUGUGUGCUGAUUGUCUAUUGAAUGACUGUAAUAAAUUAUCUAAGUUUCAUGAA